UCUGAAAUGCGUUUAUUCGCUUUUAAUGUGUGCCAGUGAGUAAGGUGUAUAAGUGAAAAUGAUAUACAACGUGUAUAAUAGACGAGUGAGCGAGGCCCGAGUUUUGUGUGAUAAAUACGUCAUUAAGUUACAAGUCGCAGGUUUUGACGCUUGGCUCACGGGCCGAUGAGUUGGCGUGCGCAGCUCUCGAAACCAAGUGCGAGCGAGGAAAGCGAGAGUAAGCGAGACGGAGCGAGAUGAGUGCAGGAUAGACACCGAAUAGAGUGUCUGGGGGAGGCGUGGCCCGCUGCGGUGGCGGCGGCGGCAUGAAAAGCUAGGAGAAAUGGACACGCCCAUGCGGUGCGACGUUACGUGCCAUCGGCGCCUGGCGCGUGAACAAUACUCGAAAUCAUCGACAGACACCCUCGCGACAGCCAAGCCGAAAGUGUUCGGGACAUUCGCUCAGCGCAGCUCGCUUUAGCUCAUCGGCCAGAGAGGCAACCUCGACACGACUCGUCUUAUUCGUUCUGUUUUUUCGACUUUGCUCGACAGACCAAUCAAAGUGAUAUCGACGUACGAGUUAUUGUGAAAAGUUUCCUACGAGUGGAUCAGUUGAAUUUCGCGCCGGACAGUGAGUUGAAUCCGCUAUCGCUGUGAGGCCUCGGUCGCGCAUACCGGCCUCGGUCCUGUGUCGAGAAUCGCUGCUCGUCAGAAGAAACUCGCCGAUCCAAACGCUAAAUUAAAGUCGACAUCCUGGCUACUAUGGUAGAGAGCAGUGCUUAUAGCGGCGAUUCUUCCCGGUCGCCGCUGGCAGAGUCACCGUCGCCGCGUUUGAUUGCCCACCAUCAUCACCAUCACCAUCACCAUCACUUGUCGUCGAAAACACCGCCCAGCACGACUUCCGAGCAUCUGUUCGAGCAUCAAUUGGACCUACAGCGUAAUUUGUACUCGCCGGAAUCGCGUCGUAGAACUCCGGCCUCGGGCUCGGCGUCGCUCUUCACCAUUGACAGUAUAUUGGCGCCUCGAUCGAACAAUAACAACAACGACAGCAGCAGUCCCAAUCACAACAACAAUAGCAGCAGCAGCAGCCACAACAACAACAAUAACAAUAACAACGUAUCCACGGCGGCCCUCGUUGCAGCGGCGAGUCUCCAAUCCGCCAUUCACGACAGGAAUGCAGAAGUAAGCUCGGCCGUCGGGACCAACGGCAGUGUCAGGCAGGCUGCAGCGGCAGCGGUGGCAGCCGCCGCGGCUGUGGGAGUGCAUCCUUUGCAGCAGCAGUUGCACCACUUGGCUUUCACGUCGGCUGACUUUUUGGCGGCAGCGGCGGCAGGCUACCCGGCUUUGUACUCGAACAACUACGUAGCGGCGAUGGCCGCCUCGCUGCAUCCAGCGUCGGGUGUCUUUUACCACGGUAGUCAUCCUUAUCAAUUGCCGGGCUCGGUGAGCGCCGGAGGUGUCAUGACAAAGCGCAAAAGACGCCACCGGACGAUUUUCACGGAGGAGCAGUUGGAGCAGUUGGAAAACACGUUCGAGCAGACGCAUUACCCGGACGUGCUGCUGAGAGAGCGAUUGGCUAUGCAAGUCGACUUGAAGGAGGAGAGAAUCGAGGUUUGGUUUAAAAAUCGCCGUGCCAAGUGGCGAAAGCAGAAACGCGAGGAGCAAGAUCGAGUGCGAAAACUGCAAAUGGAUCGACCACGAGCCAAUAACGCCACGUCAGGCGAAACAACCAACGUCAAUCCAUUAAGACUUGCCGCACAAUCCGGAGGGCCACUUCAGUCACGUCAUCACGAUAACGACUCUAGUUCAGAUCUCGAGGUCGCGUAGUCUGGACUGCGCCCCUAAAUUUUCUAGUUGCAAAAGUGAAUUAGGAAUUUUAUUAUUAUUAUUAUCAAUUGUUACUCUUUAUAUCCAUCUUUAGGUUGUAAAAAGACUUUUUAUUACAAUGCUAUGAUCUGAACGUAAUGAGCAAAUCGCAUCACGUUUCUUGUCCCAAGUACGAAAUUAGCGGCGUUGAUUUAAUUUUUGCUCGAGACAAGAACAUCAUUUUUAACGUGUAUAAAUUCGAUGCCAUUUGCCCAACCUGUGAUUUUUUCGUGAUCAAAAUUGUAAAUGUGCCAAAUUCGAGGCGUCUUUGCAAAUUCGAUUAAGCUUUAAAAAGCAUUAAUAUUUUCACGAAUCGAGGAGACAAAUCGAAAGUAUGCAAUAAUGUAUUUUACAACGUUGUUGUAAUGCAAUUAUUCAACGAUUAGUUUUAAAUAAUAUAAAAAAUGUCCAUGACAUUUAGUUGUGAAUAUAAUUUUGUUUUUCUCGUACGAUAAUAAGAUGCGAUAGCUAAAAGUAUACUCGAUCAGAAUUUUUUAAUCGAUGAAUCGAUUAUGUACUCAAGUAACCGUACGACUGUAAAUAUUAGUAAAUGUAUAUAUUUUUGUAAAUAAGAAACUCAAAUGUAUAAAAAUCAAAAUUAUAUUAGCGAAUAUUACUGUUACGGAGUAAAAAUACAGUAGACUCGAGUGAUAAUGUAACUGUUUUUUUUUAAAUUUUCUUUUGUUAUGAAAAAUAAAAUGGUUGCAUUGAAUCAAUAAUCAUAUAAUUAAAAUGAAAAUACAAAAAUAAAUAUAUAACCACGAAUCAAGAUUUACAUUCUCCUCGGGAUAAACUUGUUUUUGAGACGAAAAAUGUAUUUAAUAAA